AUGGUUCCAGACGAGCUCUGGAGUCAACAAGGAGGAACGCUUCAUCAAGAGAAUAUAAUGAACGUGGCUCCAUCUGGUGGUGGAGGCUCUGCUAUGAAUCAGUUUGAGGACGGAGAGGAUUCUGUACCAGGAUCAGGACCUGGAUCUGGACCCAGCUGUGUGUCCUUAAAGAGUGACUGGUCUAUGGACAGACAAGAAGAUUUCAAUGAUGGAGAGAUGAGUGCUGAUGAGCGAGGUCAGAGAUCAGAGGCUCCCAUUGGUCAGUCUGCCCAGCAGCAUCAAACAGAGCUGGACUCCAUAUUCAUGCUGCUCCAGGAGAACAUCAUCAGUUUUGUAAAGACCGAGCUGAAGGAGAUCCAGAGAGCUCUUAGUCCAGAUUACCCAGGAUGCUUCGAGAGUCAGAGGGAGGAUGAGGAUGAAGAGCAGAGGAGGAGCAGAGAGGCCUUUCUGGAGAUCACUCUGCACUUCCUGAGGAGAAUGAAGCAGGAGGAGCUGGCUGACUGUCUGCAGAGCAGGACUGUUCCAGGGUGCAGAUGUAAACUGAAGUCUCACCUGAAGGAGAAGUUCCAGUGUGUGUUUGAGGGGAUCGCUAAAGCAGGAAACCCAACCCUUCUGAACCAGAUCUACACAGAGCUCUACAUCACAGAGGGAGGGACUGGAGAGGUCAAUGAUGAACAUGAGGUCAGACAGAUUGAAGCAGCAUUCAGGACCCCACACAGACCAGAGACCACCAUCAGACAAGAAGACAUCUUUAAAGGCUUACCUGGAAGAGAUCAACCAAUCAGAACAGUGCUAACAAAGGGAGUGGCUGACCAGGACAUCCAGUUCACAUUCCCCUUCACUUUCAGAGAGCUGAAUGUGCUGGAGAGAGAAAAGUUCAGCUUGGUGGAACUUGUUCAUCACUUCUUUACUCAGACCAGAGAAGCAGGACUCUGCAGGUUUGAAGAGUUCCAGGUUGUGUUCAUCUUUGAUGGUCUGGAUGAGUGUCGACUUCCUCUGGACUUCCACAACAAUCAGAUCCUGACUGAUGCUACAGAGUCCACCUCAGUGGAUGUGCUGCUGACAAACCUCAUCAGGGGGAACCUGCUCCCCUCUGCUCGCCUCUGGAUCACCACAAGACCUGCAGCAGCCAAUCAGAUCCCUCCAUGGUGUGUUGACAUGGUGACAGAGGUCAGAGGGUUCACUGACCCUCAAAAGGAGGAGUACUUCAGGAAGAGAUCCAGAGACCAGGAGCAGGCCAACAGAAUCAUCUCCCACAUCAAGACAUCCCGAAGCCUCCACAUUAUGUGCCACAUCCCGGUCUUCUGCUGGAUCACUGCUACAGUUCUGGAGGAUGUGCUGAAGACCAGAGAGGGAGGAGAGCUGCCCAGGACACUGACUGAGAUGUACAUCCACUUCCUGGUGGUUCAGACCAAACUAAAGAGCAUCAAGUACGAUGGAGGAGCUGAGACUGAUCCACUCUGGAGUCCAGAGAGCAGGGAGAUGAUCCAGUCUCUGGGAAAACUGGCUUUUGAUCAGCUGCAGAAAGGAAACCUGAUCUUCUAUGAGUCCGACCUGACAGAGUGUGGCAUCAAGAUCAAGGAAGCCUCAGUGUACUCAGGAGUGUUCACACAGAUCUUCAGAGAGGAGAGAGGACUGUACCAGGACCAGGUGUUCUGCUUCAUCCACCUGAGCGUUCAGGAGUUUCUGGCUGCUCUUCAUGUCCAUCUGACCUUCACCAAGUCUGGACUCAACCUGAUGGAAGAAGAACAACCAACGCCCCCAACCUCUAAAAUCUUUAGAGACAAACCUGAACUGAACCAUCUCCAUCAGAGUGCUGUGGACCAGGUCUUACAGAGUCCAAACGGGCACCUGGACUUGUUCCUGCGCUUCCUCCUGGGUCUUUCACUGCAGACCAAUCAGACUCUCCUGAGAGGUCUGCUGACACAUACAGGAAGUAGCUCACAGACCAAUCAGGAAACAGUCCAGUACAUCAAGAAGAAGAUCAGUGAGGAUCUGUCUGCAGAGAGAAGCAUCAACCUGUUCCACUGUCUGAAUGAACUGAAGGACCGGUCUCUAGUGGAGCAGAUCCAACAGUCCCUGAGAUCAGGACCUCUCUCCACAGAGAAACUGUCUCUUGCUCAGUGGUCAGCUCUGGUCUUCAUCUUACUGUCCUCAGAGAAAGAUCUGGACCUGUUUGACCUGAAGAAGUACUCUGCUUCAGAGGAGGCUCUUCUGAGGCUGCUGCCAGUGAUCAAAGCCUCCAACAAAGCUGUGUGA